ACGAACAAAAUUAAAAUAAUGAAAUUUAAUGAAAAAGAAUUAAUUGAUGCAAGUAAAGCAGCACCACAAUUAGAAGGACGAUUGAAUUAUAAACAAGCUCAUAAAUCAGUUUUUAAAGAACGUUGGUUCAAGCUCAUGGGUAAUUUAUUAUUUUAUUUUAAUAUAAAUGAAUUUGGUAAUGUUGAACAACGUCAACCAGCUGGAAUAAUAAUACUAGAAAAUUGUAAAAUAAAUGAUGAUGUUAUAAAUGAUGGUGCAUUUGCAUUUAGUAUUGUAUUUUCAAAUGAUCAUGAAAAACGUCAUAUAUUAACUGGUAGAAGUGAAUGCCAAGUUGAACAAUGGAUUGGAGCAUUACGUCAAUCAUCUUAUGAAUAUUGGAGAACAAAGCUAAUAAUGUUACAAGAAAGAUUAUCUAUUAAGACUGGCAAUGAUCCAUUGUUAAUGAUACCAAGAAAUCAUGGUGUUGUUAGAGAUGAAGCAUGGAGUCAUCAUGUUUCACAUUCAUCUAGUUUUAGAUCACAUAUAAGAUCAUUUACAAAUACAUCAUCAACUGAGUCAAAAAUAGUCAAAAAGGAAUCUAAAAGUCUCAUUGAAUUAUAGCUAGUAAGUUAUUAAUAAGGAAAAUUAACAAAACAAUGACAAAAUAAAGU